UCAAAUUUAAAUAAAUCGUGCGCCAAAAUCUCUCCAAAGAGGAUUAAUGUCAUUAGGAAUCCAAAGGGUGUACAAGGUUUUGGAAUCACAAGAAAACCUGCGAUUAAUGGUAAAAAUAAGACAUAUUUUGUCAGAAAAAACGGAAAUGUAAACGGUCUAGCUUAUCAUACCGCGAAGGAAAUGAUCAAAGAUGUUGGCCUCCCGGCUAAUGCCUAUGAAAACGUUGCAGAAAAUGUGUCUUUCUCAGGCGAUUCGAAUAAAAAAGUGAUAAAUGAAAAACAAUCGCCUGGGAGUAACUUAAAAUUUCUUGAGAAGCCAAUACAAAGCAACCCUCUUCAAGUUGGACUUUCGUCUAAAAGGCAUCUAUCACAACAAGAUUUGCUCUCUGCGAUUGGGGAAACUGUUCAACCUAAUAUUGAGUCUGUUUUCUCUGAGUCCUCAUGGAAUUCUUUCGGGUCCGAUGUCCACAUACACCCUCAUUUACUUGCAGCUAUUCAGAAUAGGUUUAAGUUCAAGCAUCCCACUUCUAUACAAGUAGCUUCUAUCAAGAAUUUGAUGGAGGGUAGAGACGCUUUGAUCAAGGCUCAAACAGGAUCUGGAAAGACAAUAGCAUAUGUAUUACCUAUGUUAAAUGACCUCAUGACGGCCGAACCCCCUAUCACUCGCCAAAGUGGGCCAAAAUGCGUCAUUAUUCUACCGACUCGAGAACUUGCAACGCAAACCUUUACUGUUCUCACUCAAAUUUGUGGAGCUUGUGUUCGAAUUGUUCCUGGUUGUCUUGUCGGUGGCGCUAAGCGGAAGAACGAAAAGGCUAGCAUUAGAAAGGGGCUUAAUAUCAUAGUGACCACUCCACGUCGUUUGCUCGAUCAUCUGAGCAAGACAUCUACUUUGCACUUAGGUUCUCUCAAAUGGUUUGUAAUAGAUGAAGCAGAUAGACUUGUUGAAUUGGGAUUUGAGCGUGAUGUUCGCCGAAUAAUUGAAAUAAUUGUGCGUGAAACAACCCCGAAAGGUGGUAAAAGUUCUAUACAAACUGUUCUUCUUUCGGCCACCCUUUCACCAGGUGUGGAAAAUUUGGCGGGUUUAGCUCUGAGAAAUCCCGUAAAAUGUGAGGUCUCUGAGAACCAAACAGGAAAUGGCGUAAAAGACAAGGUUAAGUCAGAGGACAAGCAAACUGCACAGUUCUCACUUCCUUCAGGUCUAAAGCACUUUUUGCUGGUAGUUCCUUGUAAGCAACGUCUGGUGGCUCUUGCUGCUUUUCUUCUUCUCAAGGCCAAGUAUAACAGUAAAUCAGGCAAGUUGAUUGUCUUCUUUGCAACUCAAGAUUGUGUCGAUUUCCACCACCGACUCUUCUCAGAAACAUUGCGCUCAGAUUCUGAUAGUGGCCAGGAUGAAUUCAGAACAAAUGAUUUAAAUUUCUAUCGCCUUCAUGGCAAUAUGGAUCCCAAGGAACGUUAUUCAGUGUUUCAAGCUUUUUCGGGUUGUCCGAAUGGCAUCCUUUUCACAACUGAUGUAGCUAGUCGGGGUCUGGACUUGGCUGGAGUAGCUUGGGUUGUGCAGUAUCAUGUCUCUGGAACUCCAAUCGACUACGUUCAUCGUGUAGGUCGGACAGCGAGAUGCGGUGGUCGUGGGAAAGCUCUCCUUUUUCUCCAGUCUGAGGAGAAAUCCUUCAUUCAACUACUCGCUUCAACUGUCGGUGUAGAGUUUAAACCAGUCAAUCUAACCGAUCUGCUACAAACAGCCCUCUACCACCUUCAGAAUACUAAAAAGAAAGCAGGAAUAAAUACGGUAGAAGAAGCGGCCAGUAUUAUGUCGCGAUAUUUUCUCCAAACAGUAUAUGAAGAGGGUUCAGAGUUGAAAUUGAUGGCGGAACGCGCUUACACCUCCUUCAUUAGAGCCUACGCCUCAUUUAGUGGGGAAAUGCGCCUCCAUUUUACCUUUCAUCGUCUGCAUCUGGGACACGUCGCCCGUGCCUUCUGUCUCAAUGAAGCUCCCUCUCAAAUCAGUCGAGGUAGAACGACGAAGAAGCGAGGCGAUGAAUUCACUAUUGAGGGUUCUGCUAUAAGAUCGCGACGGCUUAAACUGGACGAAACGGAUGAAGGGAGUAGUGAAUAUCAGCCUUCAAAGAAGAAGCAGAAGGUGAAUCCCAGCAAAUUGGCCGAAAUCAAUAUGCUGGCCGAGUACGGACUUUGA